UAAAAUAAAUUGAUAAAGAUAACGUUUGCAUAUGUUUUUCUUGCACAUCUCUCUUAAUGAAUUAAAGUAAUAGUACAUUAUAUGUAUAACAGUGAUGUAAAGUCGGCCUUUUGUGCACGAAUACGGGAGUGGACACACGAGCCAAAGGCGAGUCAUCCUGAGGAUGACUUGGAGGACAAGUACUAUUUAAAAAAUGUUAAAAUGCUGAAAUCCGCGACUUUACCCACAAAAAGGUGACACGAAAGGAACCAAUUUCGAUACACAUGUAAAAAGAGUUGUAUACUUAAAUCACUUAUAUUUUACUAAUUUUUAAUCAUUAAUCGCACAAAAUCGGAACAUAGAAAUAUUUGCUAAAAUUGGACUAAAUUUACAAGAUUUUCAUAUAUGUAUACUCUUUAGAAAGAGAGUUAACAUUUUUUCAGUGGAGCUUAUCCUAUUCUGAACGUUGCUGAGACGCUUAUGUUGGGCUAGUUUAUUUCUAUCGAGAUUAACUUUACAUUAACUUUAACUCAUCUAACUUACUUUCUAUCUUUUCUUAAUUUUAAGAAUUAAAUAAAAAGAACAAGUUAAAUCGGAAUUAACGUCAAUCUACACAGAAAUGGAUAAAUGUCCUAUUCGAAAUGUAUCUAAUGUCCGCGCACGCAAAUAUCUCGAUGGCGAUCGACUCGAAUUUGUACGCAGCUCGACUCGCCAAAGAGAGCGGUCCUCUCUCGCGUGGAGCCUUUUCCGCGGCUGCAACAGCAGCAGCAGCAGCAGUAUCAUCCCUCGCUGAUCGCUUGCUUGCCCGUGUGUCGCCAAUGAGUUUCAGGCUCCGCCCAGUGCCCGGUUUGGCAGUGGUCGGCAAGGAGGCGAAAUACGCGCAGGACUGAAUUCUACGUCACGCUGGGGGCGUACACCGCGGAGCCGCGGAGACACAACCCCCGGCCGCGAGGGUGGCUCACCCCUCGGGUUUGCGCCGAGAUAGAUCAAAUCACCCGAUUCAGUGCUAUCUUCGAUCUUCGCGCUGUAACAUCGGUAGCGGCGAUCGGCGAGACUCGCGUUGCGCGUUUUUCGCUUUAACUUCGGUGAUUUCACUUACCAUUUGUAGUGAGGAAUUUUUCUGAGAGUCGUUAGCGAAUAAAUCGAAGACGAAACGGCGAACCGCGAAGUUAUGAUGAAUCUUGCCGAUCAGGAGGUGCCUGCCGCGACGACGGAAUUGACGGGCUUACCUGGAAACGGAUUCGGCAGACUGCCCGAGCCCCUUCAGACAGUGGCCGGCGAAUAUUGUGCCCCCGGUAGCUACCCGGUGUCUCAAGCCGCGAGCAAUGAAAAGCUGCACACCGGAAGCGAGCUAUACAUGCCGCAAGGCUACAGGCAAGAAACUUGGUUGCAAGAUGGUAGCAGCUCCGAGACCGAGGACAGCGAGCAAUAUGUUCCCGAGUUUCACCAGAUGUCGAGUGCAAAUGUGAAGCAAGAGUCGAGCAAUUGCACAAGAAACAAUGGCAACGAUGGCAAUUAUUCCCAAUAUCAGUCUACCCUCGUAUCAGUCGCGAACGAUCAAAACAGCGAUUUUCUCGAGAUCAGCUCGAACCGUUGCUUCGGGAAUCGAAAGAUAAACGGGCCGACUAAUAAGAGCACGAAGGAUGUCGCUGUGAAGGAAGAACCAACGGAUCGAAGCUACGUCGAGCCACUUCCCAUAGCGAACAUAUCAUCCGCAACGUCACAGGAGAACGCGAGUAAUCUUAUUUAUCCACAACGCCAACAGUACGGGAACGUAACAAGGGAUCAUCGAGGCUCAUCGCCACCGUCCAGUCGUCCAGCCAGUGCUUCUUCUUCAACUUCCCAAUGGCAGUCGACUUUUUCCGUUUCCUCCGAGACCUUUCUGCAACGACAGGAGAACUGGAAUUCUGAUGCUUACGCAAAGAGAAGCGGUACGCCAACGUGGACAGAACUCGGUACACAGUUGGAUCCCAGGAGCAGCUCAUCCUGGGAUCGGCAGAAUGGCUGUUACCAGAAAAAGAGCUCACCCGUUUCGACUUGGAACCCGGACCAUAAUAAGAGGCCGUCGUCGACGACCGGGGUGUCCGCUUGGAGCGACGUCGCCGUCGGUUAUCAACAGCAGCGACGUGGUUCUCUACAAUUGUGGCAAUUUCUCGUAGCCUUGCUUGAUGAUCCUGCGAAUGCGCCUUGUAUCGCGUGGACCGGACGUGGGAUGGAAUUCAAACUGAUCGAGCCGGAAGAGGUGGCACGAAGAUGGGGCGUUCAGAAGAAUAGACCGGCUAUGAAUUACGACAAGCUAAGUCGUUCGUUGAGAUACUACUACGAGAAAGGCAUAAUGCAGAAGGUCGCCGGCGAACGAUAUGUGUACAAGUUCGUCUGCGAUCCGGAAGCGCUCUUCAACAUGGCGUACGGCACCGGUGCGUCUUCGGGGAUUAGCGGAGAAGUUCCAAGUAGUAUGGUACGGAGCCAUGCGGUACCCGGGAAAGGAGCGGGCGGGAACGAAGUUCCAGAUUUGAUGAAGCAUCCCGCCGCGGGGUACAGCGACGCGGUUUUCGCUAUGUACUCUAAUACCGCAGUGUACGGACCUUCCAGUCUUCAUCAUUUGCAUCAGUAUCUCGGCGGUAACGAGGGUUUUAAAACGCCAUCAAGUAGAUAUCACUCUCCUUAUGCUCAUCAAUAUGGCGGCAGUCAUCAUCAUCCUCAUCAUCAUCAUCAUCAUCAUCCAACUCCGAGCUAUACGGAGACCUUUUUGAACUAUAGUCGACUAUCACAUGAAGCUACUUACGAUACGAAGACGCAGGAACCACCGCCGAGGGACACGUAUACCCAGGAGGUGGAGAAUACCAACAGCAGAGAUCGGGAAUCCGCGUCGUUAUCCUACGACAGCGUACAGAGAUCGCAAUUACCGACUCCGGCCGUACCGUCGCAAACCUCGAUACUGGACGGCGCGACGAGCUCGAAACUCGAACAAGCACCUUACACAUGUUUAGGUGUUGGAAGCUGCGUCUGUUAAAUAAAUGUGAUCGAAUCUGUUGUUUUAUUUGGAAGGAAGGUUUUAUCUCGAGCAUGCUUAACGAUCUUCGAAAGGGAGGAGCGAGGAUCCAAGUCUGGAUACAUACAUAAACUCAUCGAGCUUAAGUUAGAAUAAUAUAACUUUGACUCAACAUUGUUCCCAAUCUGUUCCAUCGAAAGCGAGAAAUGACGAAUAAAGGAAUUAAUGCAGUAGAAAGCAUAAAUGUACAGUACAGCCGGUUUAAACACCGCGCUAUUACAAAACAAGCUUGCAAUCUUGAAAAACGAUAAAUAUUAAUUCGCAGAUAGAAUGGAUUAUCCCUUUCCAUGUGUCCUCGAUGCGCAUGUUAUGCAAGUGUGCGAUAGUGCGUACUGUAUUUCGAACUCUAAAAUGAGUGUGUUUAUAUCGACCUUUUAUUUUUCCUCACUCACUUGGUGGCUGUCCUUUCUUAACGCUCGACGAAGUUUUGCUGACAAAUCUAAUCGAUGACUUAAGCCGUCUCAUCAACGUCAGGCUUACGAUUGAAAAACUACUAGGAAUACUUAACGAGUAGAAGUUACGAGAUUCUUACGAGUGGUCGAUUAGUGCAUAAUUUGAAGCGGUACUGUACUCGGCGCAAUUAACAACAGUGACAUUUUAUUGAAGCAGUCGCCGAAAGAAUUAUUUUACUUCCUUAAAAAGCGGGAUCCAACCAUCCGCUAAACUAAACCGUCACUAACUGACAACCAUUAAUCAACCGCUACCAACAGUCAGCAAACAACGACCUCUAAACAAGGUUUGUUCACAAUUAAUUAAAUGUUCAUAUAAUUUUUUGUUAUUACAAAUUAUUCAUAUGCGCCUGAAUACUUUGGAUUAAAUGAAGCGCUUCCGAGCAUCAAUUGUUAAAAAAUAAUUUUUUCAAUGUCAUUAAAUUUAGGGAAUUUUUUCGCAUUUUGUCUUGUUAAUUAAUAAGAAAUUGAUAAUUGAAUUUAUCAAAAUGUCAUUGCUUUUUUUGCGACGCUGAUAGGUUCUCUGUUGCGUUAACUUCGUGAGAGGUUAUUAUCGUGGAGUUAUCAAAUAAUUUGUAUAGAUAAUUUCUAUAUAAUUAUCAUUGCAACUUAUUUUUUAAAAGUAAAUAAAACGCUAAAUAGCGCGCGCGAAUCGCGUGUCUGUGGUGUUUAA